CGGAGAUCUGGAGAUUCGCACUCGUGUCUGCUGCCAGGCGCGCAGCACCCUUAUGACGACGCUGGUGGCAUCUUGCUUUGUUUGGAUCUGAUCUGGGCAGCGGUUCCAUUAGUUUGGGGCCGCUUGGCUUGCCUGGUAAGCAGGAUGUGCUUUUGCUGAGGUCGCUGUUGACGACAUUCGAUGGCCGAGUCGCAUCUUCUACUCUCUUUCGUUACUGCAGCCUCAUUACUGGUUAUUGGAAUAUUCUUUUGAUACACACGCCCAUCGGGGCUUCAUACGUUGAUCAUGGCGGCAACCACCAAUGGAGGACCCAAAUCCAUCCCACUGGUCAAGCUGGACAGCACGCUCUACGACCUCCUCAAAGCCGAUCUCAAAGAUGGCGAAGAAAUGGAGGCUCUCUGCAAACUGAAACCCAACUCCGAUCCGCAGUACGGCCACGCGGUGCCCUUUAACGACAAAUACAUCAUCCACUCUGCGCAGGUCAGCACGGCGGAGAACCUCGCUCACUUGCAAUUAGAGAACACCAGCCAUCUCCUCAUGUUCUUCGCAGGCCCGAUGCGCGUGCUCUUCAUGGGGUCGGAAGGCAAUACCGAUGACCCAACGCUCAGCGCAGAAGAUGUUGGGAAGAAUGCCGCGCGCAGCUUCUCCGUUAUUCAAGAGAGUCAACGGCCGCGCAUCACCACGUUCAAAAACACCGAGGACUUCGUCAAGCGCUACGACGGCGCGCCUAUCCGCUGGGGCUUCGCGAUGGACUUCGCCGAGCGCCUUCCCAGCCUCGUCCACCCGGAGCUGACGUACAAGCUGAACAGCAAGAAAUGGCUGGCCGAGUGCGUGCUGCGCAGCGCCAACGAUCGUGUCGUAGACUGCAGCGUCAACUGCAAACAGCACGCCGUGACGGACGAGCUAUGGUACCACCGCGGAGCAGACUGCAACGCGUGCGCCGAAGGAGUUAAAGAAGAGAUCCAACGCGUGCGGGAAAUCCUGCUCCACGCCAAAAUCCCCUUUGUCCUCAAACUCACGCAAAGCCUGGCGUCUGUCGGCACGAACAUCGUGCAAGACGAGGAGGCGCGCGACAAGCUCGUCGACAGCAUGACGCACUACCUCGCCGACUUCCUCCCGCGCAUCACCAAGGGGAACCGCCACUUGUACACCACGUCGCUCAUCCUGUCCGAAUUCGUGCCCGGGCCGACACACGCGCUCAACUUCCACGUCCGGAAGGACGGCAGCGUCGUCUUCCUCGGCGCCUGCAACCAGCUCGCCACGGGCGAAAGCGGGCGCCAAUCCACCGCAAUCACCUACGCAGACCAACCCAAACUGCAGCCGAAAUUCCAAUCCACCCUCGACGCUAUUGGCAAGGUGUUGUGCGAAGAAGGCUACCACGGCCCCGUGGGCGCAGACAUAAUGGAAGACCCCGACUCCGGCCGCCUCUUCUGCAUCGACCUCAACGUCCGCGUGCCCCUCAGCCUCGUCCUGUACUUACUAAAAGGCCACUUCAACGACCGCUUCGGGUACGGCGUGGCGACGGUGUACGAGUGCACGAUGUUGACCAUUUCGCGCGAGGAGUUGGAGAGGAAGUUUGAGCGGGAGUUUGCCGAGGCGCGGAUUUUGAUUUUGGGCGCGGCGCGGAUGGGGAAGAAGAAGGUUUGGGCUUUUGGGCUGGUGGUUGCGGGGGAGGAUACGGAGGCGAUUGAGAAGGUGACGGAGCGGAUUUUGGAGGAUGAGGCGAAGGAGGAUGAGGAUGCUGAGGCGGGGGGUGCGUGAACGAGGCAUUGCGGGUAG